UAUCAUUUUAAAAUCCACGUAUCAACAAUCAAUCCAGUGGCGUCCCUCUGUUUGGCCUUGCCGUCGACCAACCACCACUCAAUCGAUUCCUUCACCAGAAACAACGCCGCCGCCGCCAUAUACAGGGGAAAAUGAAUUCCCGUUUUAUUUCUUUUGCCAAUCGAUCCCUCAAAUCCUAUAACAACAAAUCCCCUCUCUUCUUUCUCUCUCAACCGAGUCAUUGCCUCUCCUCUAUCCCCACCUCGACAAACUCGACCCCGCUGUCAGAUUUCCAGAAAUAUCCUCCGACCCUCGAUGGCCUGCGCCAGCGGCUCGCAGCUGAGUUACCAACCUUAGCCGACUUUACCAAUCUCCAAUCCGAAAACCACUACUCCGUUGAAGUUGGCACCAAGAAGAAGCCCCUGCCCAAACCCAAAUGGAUGAAGGAAUCAAUCCCCGGGGGUGAAAAAUACACGCAGAUAAAGAAAAAAUUGAGGGAAUUAAAGUUGCACACCGUUUGUGAAGAAGCCAAGUGUCCUAAUUUGGGGGAAUGUUGGUCCGGCGGCGAAACAGGCACUGCCACUGCCACCAUUAUGAUUCUGGGUGAUACCUGCACCCGCGGUUGCAGAUUCUGCAAUGUGAAGACAUCACGCACUCCACCUCCUCCCGACCCAAAUGAGCCCACAAAUGUGGCAGAGGCAAUUGCUUCAUGGGGCUUGGAUUAUGUGGUAAUUACCAGUGUUGAUCGCGAUGAUUUACUUGAUCAAGGUAGUGGCCAUUUUGCUGAGACAGUCCAGAAGUUGAAGACAUUGAAGCCAACCAUGCUCAUAGAAGCUUUAGUUCCUGAUUUCCGAGGAGACCCCAGCUGUGUUGAGAAAGUUGCAAAAUCUGGGUUAGAUGUUUUUGCUCACAACAUUGAAACUGUUGAGGAGCUUCAAAGUGUAGUACGUGAUCGCCGUGCUAAUUUUAAGCAAUCUAUGGAUGUUUUAGUAAUGGCAAAGGGCUAUGCUCCUCCAGGUACACUCACCAAAACGUCGAUAAUGUUGGGGUGUGGAGAAACACCCGACCAAGUUGUGAAUACUAUGGAGAAAGUGAGGGCAGCGGGUGUUGAUGUAAUGACUUUUGGUCAGUACAUGAGACCUUCGAAGCGUCACAUGCCAGUAUCUGAAUAUGUAACUCCGGAGGCCUUUGAGAAGUAUCGAAUCCUCGGCAUGGAAAUGGGAUUUCGAUAUGUUGCAUCUGGUCCCAUGGUUAGGUCAUCAUACAAGGCGGGUGAAUUCUAUAUUAAAUCCAUGAUAGAAUCAGAUCGUGCUGCAUCUUCUUCCUAGAAUUCAGUAAUCAGGUGAUUGAUCAUCUUUAUAACAAGAAGUCGAUGCUCAUAGAAGACAUACGGAAAUGUUACAUUGCUUCAUCAGUUGACCUUUAUUCACUUCAAGAGGCUUUAUCUUCCACGCUAGAAUCAAGAUUUGUGCUACAAUUAAUGUAUUAACUUGUCCUUAAGAGUCACCUGCUAAAGGAUUUGCACAUUGAAACGAUGAUAUUGCUUAUCUAUUCAAUUAUUUAUUUAUUUUUUGGCAGUACAUCAACUCUGAUGUAAAUUUGUAAUUAUAUCUUGGCAGAUUCCCCUCUGCUGCCUUCAGGAAAUAAAAAGCUUCUGGUUUCUUAAUGA